CUUAUCAUUCACUCUCUUUCUCUUUCUCUUUCUCUUUCUCACGCACACACGCACACACGCACCUUCUCCUCUAUUCUCUUCUACUCUCUUCUCUCAUAUAUCUCUCUCGCUCUCUGCUUUAUAUACUGGGAUUUUUGUUUACCCUUUCUAUUGCACAGAUUCUGGGAGCCAACAAAGAGCCGCAUAGAAGGGAUCAGACCUAUUUUUCAAAUGAUGGGUUUUCGCCAUUGAUCUUCGAUUGAAGCUUGAGCUGUGUGCUUGUUUUGAAUAUGGAGAGUUUUUUGGAACUGGGUUUUCUUUAAAAAAGGGAUCUUUGGGGUUGGGGUUGUGCUGUUUUAUAAGGGUUUGUUUCGUUUCGUUUCGUUUCGUUUCGGUAUUUGAUUUCUGAGGGCCAGUUCCAAUGGCUGGGAGUAAUGAAGUCAACAUCAAUGAGUCCAAGAAUGUGGUUCCGCUGAAUACAUGGGUCUUGAUCUCCAACUUCAAGUUGGCUUACAAUCUUCUUCGGCGUCCUGAUGGAACUUUCAACCGACACUUGGCAGAAUAUCUUGAUCGUAAAGUGAUUGCCAAUGCACACUCAAUUGAUGGGGUUUACUCUUUCGACACCAUCAUUGACCGUGAAACUAGCCUCCUCUGCAGAGUAUAUCGUCCAACUAAUAAUCCUGAGGAGCCUCGUCUGAACUUCCUUGAUCUUGAAAAGCCUGUGACUUCUGCCAAUGGUGAGGUUGUGCCUGUAAUAAUUUUCUUUCAUGGUGGAAGUUUUGCUCAUUCCUCUGCAAAUAGUGCCAUUUAUGAUUCUCUAUGCCGUCGAUUAGUGGGAAUCUGUAAGGCCGUCGUUGUCUCAGUAGAUUAUCGCCGUGCACCAGAGAAUCGUUAUCCUUGUGCCUAUGAUGAUGGAUGGACUACUCUUAAUUGGGUAAACUCUAGAUCAUGGCUUCGAAGCAAGGACUCGAAGGUGCAUAUAUACAUGGCCGGCGAUAGUUCAGGUGGAAACAUUGUACACAACGUUGCCUUGAGAGCAGUGGAAUCUGGAAUUGAAAUAUUAGGUAACAUUCUGCUCAAUCCAAUGUUUGGUGGGCAAGAGAGAACUGAAUCUGAGACACGAUUAGAUGGGAAAUAUUUUGUUACCCUCAAAGAUCGAGACUGGUACUGGAGAGCAUUUCUGCCUGAAGGGGAAGAUAGGGACCACCCAGCAUGCAACCCAUUUGGUCCGAGGGGUAAGAGCCUGGAAGGACUAAAGUUUCCCAAGAGCCUUGUUGUGGUGGCUGGUUUAGAUCUUAUUCAGGACUGGCAAUUGACUUAUGCUAAAGGGCUCGAGAAAGCUAACCAAGUGGUGAAACUUUUAUUUUUGGAGAAGGCAACAAUCGGGUUUUACUUGUUACCGAACAACGACCACUUCUAUACUGUGAUGGAUGAGAUAAGUAACUUUGUGAGUUCUGACUGUGAAUAAAUUGACUUACCAACAGGCAGCCAUAUAUAAUAGAAGCUUGACAUUUUCUCCCGCGUUAUUAAGGGGUUGUUUUUUUACAGUUUGUAAGGUUGUGUAGUAAUACUACUUACUGUUGUAUUGAUUGCUGUGGUGUUAAGAUCAUUCACUGCCGGAAUCCGGUCCUUGGUUUACUAAACAAGGCAAGAGCUUGAUUGAUGGAUUCAGAAGGUAUUGGUCUGCAUAUAUCUGGAUUCGUGAUACUUUGUGUUGUGGAAAUCUAAGUUUCUGGUUUGGGUAAUGUGGUUUGUUUAUCCUUGAGGGGCAGCAUGAGCUGUUUGACCAAGGUUAGCAGUCCUACCCAUUCUCGACAUAUUUUAGCCACAAAGAUAGAGGAUCAUGGUUUUGUGGGGGGUAACAUUCUGUUCUUUAAUCAACCUGCUCGGUGUCUGGUUAAUGAUGUUAUAUAAUUAUAAUAUAUAGCUAAUUUUCGAUACAUGGAUGGAAAACCAUUCAUGGUGUUGUAAUCUUGUAAUGUUUAUAAGAUAUAAGCCUUAGAGAUUAUAUUAAAAACGUUUGCUUGUUAUUGAGUUUUAUUCUGUUCUCUUUA